AGCAGCACGGUGCAGUCGUGUAAAUUAUAAGUAGAAAUAGAUUGACCACACGCCUUCAGGACACCCAAUCGUGUCAGUAUAAGUGAUUUCGUGACAACCAUGUCCAGCUUUCUACUGCGCGUAUGUCUCAUGAUGACGGCCGCCGGAACACUUACAUAUUCAAGGACGUUUAAGCCUCAGACGCCAAUUGGGGAGGGAAUAACGGUAUACGCCAGGAUUCUCCACGACAAUACAACAUUGGACAGCGAGACUAGCGACAGCACAGAGAAGAUAAACAAAAUGUACAAGGCAUUUGAAAAAAUAUUUCAAAUGGUUCAACAAAAAUUUCACAAUAACAACGUGAUGAUAACAAUUAAUGUCACGAAGACAAAGGACCUGAAGCUCAGUGAAGUACUUGUUCCCUUGAAUGGUACGCACGGUGCUGGACUGGAUGGACGGAAGACACUUGAGAAUCUCGUGACGACACAAGCGUCUAAAUCAGGAGAGAACGGCAUUGUUUACCUGUUCACAAAGAGAAGCAUAUAUACGCAAAGCCUUGAAGACGACAACGUACCAUCUUGGCAACCUCAUCUCCAAACUCGUGAUACAUUUUGUACUGAAAAUACAAGCGCUGCGGUCGUUUACUACACCGAUCAGCAACCAGAAGAGUACCCUUUUGAGGCCACUGCACUCAUAUUCGGUUCUACGAGGCAAUCCCACUUUCAAAAGAGUGAUUUUACAUAUAUGAACAAUUCAUUUGCACGGUGCAAGGAAAGCGUUGAUAAACAAAAUACUGCAGAAAAAAAUGAAGAAUAGGUAUUCAAUGCGGGCUCAUUCACUAACUGCAUAAUUGCUAUUUUUAAAGAAAAUGUACGAAUAAAUUUUAAUUACACAAAAAUUUACUGAUUUUCUCAUACUCUCGCCAUUCGUACUACACAACA